AUGCAGCAGGACCAGAGGACUGAACGGGGUCCACGGGGCAAAUAUGCGCGCUUGAUCUGUGCUGGAUGCAGGUCAAGGAAGAUCAAAUGUGUCCUGCCGAGUCCCGAGAGCAUAGGCCCCUUGGGCAUUCCCCAGCCGCUGGAAACCUCGUGCGAACGGUGUCGCCAUCUCGACCUACAAUGUAUUAUUGAGCGGAGUACUCUCGGACGCCCAGCUGCGAAGCGCAGCCAGCGCAACCCACCCCAGAACCAAGCAUCUGUGCCUCUUGAGAAGCCAGAAGAAAAAGAGGAUGAAGUGGAAACUGCGCUCUUGGGCCUAGAGAUAAAUGACCAUUUAUUCUCAGAGGUUCCUGGAGGAAAUACAAUUCCCUCACAGGCCAAUGGCAAUCCGAAACCCUCGCAGCGACCAGACAAGAGGGCCGUCUUUCGAUCCAUGACCGAAGCUAAUGCUUUUAUGUCUUCUGUCUUGGGGAAAGACACCGCCUUUGGAUGCGAAAUUGCCUACGCUACGUCACGCUGGAAAAGACCUCUGUCGGAUCUUAUCAGCAAUGAUAUAGCCAUCUCAUUAGACAAUUACUUGGUCUGGUAUCGAUUCUUCCUUCCAAAUACACCUAGUCUAGCGAAUCUGAGGAACCGACUAAUCUCAGAGGAGAUUUCUUCCACCAAUCCCGCCACGAAUCUCCUUUUUGCCCUCCUUUGCUUAACAUCCUUUGAAGGUACCGAAAGUCUUGCACAACAAUAUCCACAUCUAAAACAGAGCCUCCAACUGGCAGUCUCGUCGUACGGACAAGAGUUCAUCUUCUCCCCACCCACGCAUCCAGACUCCGUUGCUGUCUGUCUCUUCCUCGCUGAAUUCAGACCAUCCCUCCUCGCCACCUCACAGUUUGUCGCGCACAAGGCAGUCAGCCCUGAGGUCUACGUCAAUCUUGCGUAUAGAAUUGCGGAAAGACUCACCAUGUUACCCGCACGAGAUGUCUCCUUUUUUGAUGAUCUGAUGAACCCACAGAGUCCAGAAUUUGAGCGGUGCUUUGCCGCUUCUGUGCAAGAACUGAAGAUUCGUUGCCUCGACAUGUGCCUCGAUGGGUUCUUGUCAAAUGGUCAAAGAAGUUGGGAAGAUCUAUCAGCUGCCCGUUCUCUGUUGGAGAUGAAAUUUCACUGGGUGUUUGCUGGAAUAUGCGGUCUAGGUCUGCUGUAUUCCGCAGUAUCGAGAAAAAGGCUCAUCGAAGGAAAGAAUAACGGAGAUCCGGACAUUCACUCAGAAUCCCUCCGAAUUGUGGACGAAGUCGCAGGAAGUGUGAAUAGCCCGCCCGAUGCUCCGGGCCAACAUUUAUCUGCAUUUCUCGAACGCUUCGGGGAGGCAUAUCCGGAACGACUCGUGCGUGUGCUGGAGACGUUCCUAGAGUGCGUCGAGUGGAAGAUGGGCGGUAUCCCAUUCAAGGCUCCACUUCAAAACGUAGUCUAUAGUAUCGUUUUUGUGUGCAAAAACAUUGUCGAAAAUAACCUUGUGAAAGUACGGGUUUUUGGACGGUUGAAUCAAAAUUUUGAGAAGCAGCUGGAUCUUCUCCCGAGAUGUGCGAGGUGUAUUGGCAACAUGGCAGCCUCUCCAUGGAAAUCGACAAAGUCUGCUUUUGCCACUGGCUGCGUCUAUGCCGCAAGUAGCAAGAUUAUCUACGGUUUACACAAUAUCCUAGAGCGACUAAGAAGAGAGCUUUUAAAGGGCUCAAAGUGCGAUGAAACGUUGAAUCUGUUCAACUUCGCUCCUGAUUCAACCAAUGUUUCUUUAUGGGCAUGGAUUUAG